AGACCAGAUUCUCAAAUCAGAACCAUCAUAUUGGUAGAGAAGUACAGAGCGACAAUUAAGAGGACCAUUUCAUAGCUGUACAUCACUGACAAUGGGCAUCUUAAACAAAGUACCAUUGCAAUUUUUGGCUUCCCUUCUCCUUAUUUCUUCAGUGUUGAACUUAUGGAGAGGCACUGAAGGCUGGUCAUAUCAUUCCUCAAGUUUCACUAUGGACUGGAAAUCUGCAAGAAACUGGUGCAGGCAGCAUUACACAGACAUGGUAGCAAUCCAGAACAAAGAAGAGAUUUAUCACCUCAACAGUAUCUUUCCAAAAGUCAGUGGAUAUUACUGGAUUGGUAUUCGUAAAAUUAAUGAAAGUUGGACCUGGGUGGGAACUAAUAAGACACUUACCAAGGAAGCUGAGAACUGGGCAGAUAAGGAGCCCAAUAAUGGAGGGAAUAAUGAAGACUGUGUGGAAAUAUACAUUAAAAGAGAGAAAGAUGAAGGCAAAUGGAAUGAUGAAUCCUGCUUAAAGAAGAAGACUGCACUGUGCUACACAGCAUCCUGCAAAGACGACUCCUGUGUCAGUGGUCAAGGGGAGUGUGUCGAAACCAUAAACAGCCAUAAGUGCUCAUGCUUUGGGGGUUUCUAUGGAAAGCGAUGUGAACAUGUUGUAAAAUGCAAACCAGAGGACGUCACCUCACCAGAACAUGCUAGCGUCCAGUGCACUCAUCCUUAUGGAAUUUUCUCAUAUGACUCUCAGUGUGAAUAUUCCUGUGAAGAAGGUUAUGAACUUAAGGGUUCCAGUACGACAAGAUGCACUUCUACCACAGAGUGGUCAAGCAAACCACCAACCUGUGAACUUGUUCAAUGUCCAGAGCUGAUCAAACCACAGAAAGGCCAAAUGCAGUGUCAGAAUCCAAUAGGCAUCUUCAGCUACCAAUCCACCUGUGAGUUUAUGUGUGAAGAAGGAUACACGCUGCGAGACUCCAGCUCCUCUACACUGUUCUGUGGGGCAACGGGACACUGGAAUGACUCACAACCCUCUUGUGAAAUUGUAAAAUGCAAACCAGAGGACGUCACCUCACCAGAUCAUGCUAGCGUCCAGUGCACUCAUCCUUAUGGAAUUUUCUCAUAUGACUCUCAGUGUGAAUAUUCCUGUGAAGAAGGUUAUGAACUUAAGGGUUCCAGUACGACAAGAUGCACUUCUACCACAGAGUGGUCAAGCAAACCACCAACCUGUGAACUUGUUCAAUGUCCAGAGCUCAUCAAACCACAGAAAGGCCAAAUGCAGUGUCAGAAUCCAAUAGGCAUCUUCAGCUACCAAUCCACCUGUGAGUUUAUGUGUGAAGAAGGAUACACGCUGCGAGACUCCAGCUCCUCUACACUGUUCUGUGGGGCAACGGGACACUGGAAUGACUCACAACCCACUUGUGAAAUUGUAAAAUGCAAACCAGAGGACGUCACCUCACCAGAUCAUGCUAGCGUCCAGUGCACUCAUCCUUAUGGAAUUUUCUCAUAUGACUCUCAGUGUGAAUAUUCCUGUGAAGAAGGUUAUGAACUUAAGGGUUCCAGUACGACAAGAUGCACUUCUACCACAGAGUGGUCAAGCAAACCACCAACCUGUGAACUUGUUCAAUGUCCAGAGCUGAUCAAACCACAGAAAGGCCAAAUGCAGUGUCAGAAUCCAAUAGGCAUCUUCAGCUACCAAUCCACCUGUGAGUUUAUGUGUGAAGAAGGAUACACGCUGCGAGACUCCAGCUCCUCUACACUGUUCUGUGGGGCAACGGGACACUGGAAUGACUCACAACCCUCUUGUGAAAUUGUAAAAUGCAAACCAGAGGACGUCACCUCACCAGAUCAUGCUAAUGUCCAGUGCACUCAUCCUUAUGGAAAUUUCUCAUAUGACUCUCAGUGUGAAUAUUCCUGUGAAGAAGGUUAUGAACUUAAGGGUUCCAGUACGACAAGAUGCACUUCUACCACAGAGUGGUCAAGCAAACCACCAACCUGUGAACUUGUUCAAUGUCCAGAGCUCAUCAAACCACAGAAAGGCCAAAUGCAGUGUCAGAAUCCAAUAGGCAUCUUCAGCUACCAAUCCACCUGUGAGUUUAUGUGUGAAGAAGGAUACACGCUGCGAGACUCCAGCUCCUCUACACUGUUCUGUGGGGCAACGGGACACUGGAAUGACUCACAACCCUCUUGUGAAAUUGUAAAAUGCAAACCAGAGGACGUCACCUCACCAGAUCAUGCUAAUGUCCAGUGCGCUCAUCCUUAUGGAAAUUUCUCAUAUGACUCUCAGUGUGAAUAUUCCUGUGAAGAAGGUUAUGAACUUAAGGGUUCCAGUACGACAAGAUGCACUUCUACCACAGAGUGGUCAAGCAAACCACCAACCUGUGAACUUAUUCACUGCCCAGCCCUUGGCGGUCCUGUCAAUGGAGCGCUGCGCUGCACUUCCAGCUUUAAUUAUGGGAGCAAAUGCAGCUUUAGUUGUGCUGAAGGAUUCCACCUCCAGGGAGCUUCAGAGAUCAGCUGUACAAAAGCAGCAAAGUGGAGUCAGGAACCACCUCGCUGUGAAGCAGUGCUCUGCCCAAAACUUUCUGAGCCAAUCAAUGGGCAUAUGAACUGCUCAUCUGAAGAACCCACCUUUGACACCUUCUGCAUCUUCAGCUGUCAUGAAGGCCACCAACUUGAAGACUACAGUAACGAGAUAUUGAUGUGCUACUACAAUGGGAGCUGGUCAGGGGAAGUGGCGGUGUGUCAAGCUCAUCCUGAUCCCUCUGAAUCGCUCUUCAAAGCAACAGAAGUGACUCUUGGUGUUUCAGGCGCUAUCAGCGUCUCCGGUCUGGGCUUAGCCCUCUGGAUACUGAAGAGACUGAGGAGAAAAGCUAGCAAUUUUGACCUGAACAGUACCUUGGAUAUUGAGGAUCCACCACAGUUUUAUAAGAACAGCGUUGACAGUCUCAUAUAGAGGGAAAUAGCAUCAAAUAGCAUACAGCAUAUAUGGCGCGCAUAUAUUCCUCAUGCACAUAAUACAGGCCAGUAUGUGUAACGAUAGCAAUGUAAUUUAUUCCAGUGAACCAUUCAUUGAAAAACUCAAUUCUUCUUCACGAGACUCGCAGCUGCCUCAUUGGACAUAAAAAUGUAUGUCAUCACAAAUGAUUUAAGGCACUUGGAUAUUUUUAUACUCAGUCUGAUGGGCAUUAUCAGUUACUAGGCAACAUUCCUAACUGAAUGUGAUUUUUACUUCCUAACGGAAGCUUUUAUGAUUUACUUGACUGAACAUAUUGUUCUGUACUGUAUAAAUGUAUUCAUUUUUAUGCUAUUAAUAUACACAUCUUUUUGUACUAUUUAUUGUUCCAAAACUAUAUUGGUCCUAUUAAACUAUUUUUUACUUGUAAACCAAUAAAGUGUUACUUUUAUGA